GAUGGCGGCGCCCGUGAGGAUCGCUCUGUUCGGCUUGACGAGAGGCUGGCGGCAAUUCGAGAGGCUCUGGGCAGGUGGCUUGGGUUCUCGCAGCCUCUCUCUUGAGACCUCUCCCUCAAACAACAGGUCACCGUGGCGUUUAUGGGGCGCGUUAUGUCUGCAGCGGCCGCCGCUUAUCUCCAAGUCUCUGACCCCAUUGCAGGAAGAGAUGGCUGCUGUGCUGCAGCAGAUUGAGGUAGAGAGAAGCCUAUAUUCAGACCAUGAACUUCGUGCUCUGGAUGAAGCCCAGAGAAUGACAAAGAAGAAAGCUGACCUCUAUGAUGAGGAGGAGGAUGAACAGGAUAUAUUGCUUAUACAAGAUUUAGAAGAUUCAUGGGAGCAGGCGUUCCUAAAGUUCAAACCUGGAGAUCGUAUAACAGAAGCUGAUAAAAAAAAUGAUCGAACCUCACUGCAUCGGAAGCUAGACCGAAAACUUGUCCUGUUAGUCAGAGAGAGAUUUGGAGAUGAGGAUGUUUGGUUGCUACCCCAGAUAGAGUGGCAGCCAGGGGAGACCCUUCGAGGCACAGCUGAGCGAGCACUGAGCACCCUUUCAGAAAACAACAUGGAAGCCAAGUUCCUAGGAAAUGCACCGUGUGGCCACUACAAGUUCAAGUUCCCCCAGGCAAUGCGGACAGAGAGAGACCUCGGGGCCAAAAUAUUCUUCUUCAAAGCACUACUAUUAAAUGGAGACUUUUCUCAGGCCGGAAAGAAUGGCCAUCAUGUGUGGGUCAGUAAGGAGGAGCUGGGUGACUAUUUGAAACCAAAGUACUUGACCCAGGUUAGGAAAUUUCUUCUGGACCUCUGAUGACCUGUGGGUGAACCUCAGACAGGUUGGGCCUCGCGGACUUUGGUGUGGUUUCCCCACAUAUGCAGGGGAUGCUGAGCAGGAAACUGAAUUUGAAGAAUUAAAUGAAUCUGCCCUGUGUUGGUCUCAGCUGAUUUGUCCUGGGGGAACAACUGACUUCUUCCUGCGAAGAGCGAUCUCCCAGGGCACCUUUCCAUUUUCUCCAAUCUGAUAAUAAUUGAGUGUUUUAUUACUUUAUAGUGAAUUAAUUGACUUAUUGGGCCUAGGAAGAAAGAACAGAAGGAAAUAAAUUGACCUACAGCCUUGCAUUUUGGAAAGCUUCUAGACUUACAAGAAAAACCUCACUAUAUGGUUAUUUUCUAUUUUGUUUUUCCUUUCUACUUGAUAGGAA